CUGAGCUGCGCAAAGCCGAGGAAGCACAGAAAGAAAGAUAAGGGUAAAGGUGAACAAGGCGCAUCACCGCCGCCCACCAAGGUCGGCAAGAGUGACGAGGAGGAUUUCCCAAAGACUCGCCGCACUCGGAAGCGUAAAGUUUCUGUUACGUCAACGGCCGACGCGGCACCCCCGCCCCCACCGAAGCGUCCGCGGACUGCGGCGGACCCCCAGCCUCAUUCGGACCUGGCGCGGUUUCCGAAGCUGGCGGAGCAGUGGUGGGACUUGAAACCGACUAUGAUUCAAGAGGAGUUCGCCGCCGAUCCUUGGAAACUCCUCGUCGCGACUGUCUUUCUCAACAAGACCUGGGGCAGAAAUGCAAUUCCGACGUUCAGAAAGGUGCUCGAACGCUGGCCAACUCCAAAGGACUUGAUGGAGGCGGACACCGACGAACUCGUCGCGAUGAUCCAGAAGCUCGGCCUCCAGUCCACGCGCGCGAUCAGGCUCAAGGAGCUUUCUAGAGCGUACCACGAGCACCCGCCGCGCACGGGCACGCUGCAGCUCGAGCACGGAAAGUUCGCACGCGCACCUGCCUCGCUUAGAGAGAGGUACCCACCCGAACUUCCGUCGACGUGCGAUUCUGAGGCUGACGUGAGCCUCGCCCUCGGCGGGGAGGCGUGGCCGUACCCGAAGACUCCUAUCUCGCACCUUCCCGGCGUGGGAAGGUACGGAUGGGACUCGUACAGGAUCUUUUGUACGGACAACGUUACGGGAACGGGGUCGAGCGACGAGUGGAAGAGGGUGCAGCCGAGCGAUAAGGAGCUGUGUCGGUAUUUGACGUGGAGAUGGGCCUAUGAGGAGGGCCGCAUGUGGGCCAGCGAUGUGGGUCCUUGUGGGCCCGUGUGCGAGGAGUGGCUGCAGCACCAGAUAAGGGAUGAGCUCCCGAGGAAAGCGUGAGGGAUACGGUCCUCGUCUUCGGAAAUCAAGUUGUAUAUGCGUUGGUCCGUCGUCUCCAAGUUUACACCCCUGCUAAUCGUGCUUUUGCAUCUUUGUUCAUGUUUCUGGAUCUUAUAUCAAAGCUUUCGCCAGUUUGCUUUUGCUUACACCAUUUGCUACCAUAUGUUGGACUGACUAAUCGGGAUUGUUAC